CGUCCUCAUACGAAACAAAAGCUCCUCCAGGGACUCCUGCAGUGGAGGCCAGUGUGCGCCCAGAGCAGUGAUGACAGAGAAGGAGAGGUGUCCCAAAGUGGAGCAGUAUGUUGGUGAAAUUAAAGGUGGACUGAGACCUGCCAUGAGAAUCACUGUCAUAGGGAUGGUACCUUCCAAUCCCAAGAGCUUUUCAGUGACUCUGCUCUGUGAUCCAGUGGAUGCAAACAAAGAUGUCGGGAUGCUAUUUACAGUUAACUUUAGUGACAAAUCCAUCACCCGAAAUGCACGAAUUGCUGGGAAGUGGGGGAUAGAAGAGAAGAAUAUUCCCUACUUCCCAUUCACAGCAGGGGACACAUUUAAGAUGGAGUUCUUAUGUGAACACCAGCAAAUACGGGUCUUGCUUGAUGGACGGCAGCUCUGUGACUUCACUCACCGCAUUCAGCCCUUGAACUUGGUGAAGGCUUUGCAGAUCACAGGGGAUGUCAAACUUACCAAAGUGGCUUGAAUAAACAGCGACCACAAUAUCAGCAUGGGACAGAGAAAAAUGUACAUUCCCCUAUCAACCUCCUGGUUGAUUCUGGGGAACUGGGACUGUGUCUUCUUCAUUUGCUGAUAUGUUUGAAAUACACAUUUUUUUUUCUAAUACAUGCUCAAAAAUUGCAGAUAUGGCUGGUCCAGAUAGAUCAGAGGUCCUCUGCUGAGAUACCGUGUCAGUCUCCCAAACUGCAAGAUUUAUGAUGCUAUGCAGUAUCCUGUAUCUUCAUGGUUCCAUCAUGCCCCAGACAUGGAGUUCAAUCCUUUGUUGUGGUCUGGCUGUUACCCCUGUGACUAGAACUGGGCAGUGUGCAGGUAGUGAGAAUGAGAAAAGGGAAUGGGAAUAUUUCCUUGUGAGUGAACAAGGGAGUCUGGAGGGCCCCAAUGAGUCUCACAUUAUCAGGAGAGAACUGCUUGUCCGGGAAGCUCUACUCAAUCAGCACUAGCUAUAUGUGCUUUCCAGUAUGGAGCAAUAAAUGUCUUACCACCAUCCCUGUCUCUUGCAGGUAGAGUUCUCAGGGACUGAAAAGUUUCAACAGUUGUAGAUUUCACAGUCUUCUCUGAACCAGCCCUCUGAAAUUUUACCUGUAGCUGAAACUGUGUUGCCCAUUUUUGCAUCUGAUUAAAACUGCAUCUUUACUGGCAAAUUUCUUCAGCAGCUUUGUUAAAUAUUUGAAUGCAAAUGAGUGUUAUGCUGAGACUUCAUUGCUGUAGAUUUAUAAAAGAGUCCCAGAUGUGUGGCUGUUGUAAUACCAUCGCUGCUGGCUUUGGCUCUGCUUUGAUUGCUUGGUAAUAACACAGGAAGAAGUGAAAAGUCUCUUGAUAAGAGAUUUUUUUUUUUUUUAAAUACAUAACUCAGAAGGCAAAAAGUCUGUAAAGAGAUGGUUCUGUGGAUAGAGGGCUAUCAAAUUUCUCUGUGACUUUAUGGAAGAUAUAUAGCAUGCUGCCUUCAAAGUGGUUUUGGAGACUGCAGAGUCUGUCAGAUACAGGUACUCAGACAACAGAGGAAUUUUGUAAAAAUAGAAAAUUAGCAGGCUGAUCAGGUGUUUUAGUCAUCUCGUACAUUCCAUUCUACU